CCUAAAUAGCUGAGCCAAAUGUACUGGCCAUGGCAGCCGUCAAUGAGCGCUCCUCGGCAGCUCGUAGAAGGCAUCGAUUCAUGACAUCUACCAGCAACUUCUUCGCAGGGAAGGUGCUCAGAAGUUUCACGCUAUGGGUCUUUAUAUUGCCCUGCAUCACUGCACAAGAUAGUGCCAACAACACCACCAACGGAACAAACAGCACUCCAAAUUGUACAGACAACUUCACAGCUGUUAACGUGGCAAACUACACUGGCCUACCACUUUGUCCUGAGGUGCCCCCGCCGCCGUGCUACACGGAUCAUUGCUGGGGAACCAUUGCCAGGGAAGCCAGGAAUUCAUGCAUGGAGUUGACUACAUGGGGUGCUGAUGCCGCCCGCUGCGCCUUUUUCCAGACCUCUGCCUCACAGGCAUGCAACGUUUCGUGUCAGGACUGCGUGUCCAUUGCCUCAGCUAUGUAUGAUGAAUGUCUCUUUACACUGUUAGCGGCCACCGUCAACUACGAUGAUGCGAUACCAACGUGUCAGGCUUUGGCGAGUGAUUUUCAGAAUUUGCGAUGCCCAACGGCAUUGAUCGAUGUAGGCACCUGCUACGGUGCGAACAAUGACGCAUGCCAGGCCGAAUGUGGCAACUGGCAUGCGUGCGAUUGCUGGAAGCUGAGGGGCCAACCUGGAGAGCCUGACCAUUGUGUUGGCGAAACUGUGAUACUGAAUUGGGAGGGCGUGCCGGACAAUUGUGAUGCAAUUCCUCGGAAUUGCUUCAACCAUCGGCCGGGCACAUUCUGCGCCAAAUACAAGCAUUGUCCUGCCAAUCUUUGCAUCAUCAAGGGAGUCACCUGCCCACUCACGGACACUUGCCAGAAUGUUGGUGUGUGUGCACCAGGUGAUGGCCAGUGUUAUUACUCAACGCUCCCAGACGGAACGCCUUGCGAUGACAGUCUUUUCUACACGCACACCGACACUUGUAAAUCGGCGGUCUGCACUGGCAUCGAGGACAAGUGCAUGCGAUACGAUGUCCAGUGCAACACGCUGAACUCGUGCCUGGCGCCAACGACCAAAGUUCGGGGCGCCUGCGACCCGCCGACUGGCAGCUGCGUCUUCGAGGCCCUGCCUGAUGGCACUGCCUGCAGCAGCCAGCCUGGUGGACCCGUUGAUGGCACUUGCGAUGCUGGACUUUGCCGCAGAACAGUCUUGAACAAAUGUGCUGGCAAGAUUUGCGUGAGCACGGACUUUUGCGCAGGGGUGGGUGCCUGUGAUAUGUGGACUGGUGAAUGCGUUUUCAGCCCUGUUGCAGAGGGAGAGGCUUGCGAUGAUGGGAACCCACUGACCUUCAGGGACCGGUGCAUCGAGGGCCAGUGCAUCGGAGACAGUGCCUCCAAGCCCCUCUAUGCUUUCGAGGGAUCCGAGAAAUGUGAAGGCAAAGCUGGCCUGGACACCAACACUCCGCGGUAUUUUGGCAGCGUCCUCACGGAGCAAGAUUGUCAGGAUCAGUGCUCCCAAGACGCAUGGUGCAGGGCAUAUUCGUAUGGCUAUUACAUUUGCUACAUCUACGGAGGCUUCCGCACCAAAGAUCCAGACCCAAUAUACUGGGGCAAGAAGUGGUUGCUACUGGAUCCGGCUGCUCAGCCGGGAGUUCACCACGCGAUCUCAUGCUUCAGCAAGCAGGAUGCCAGCAGACCAGCACCGUUCUUUGACGAGACGGCAGCAUGGUUUGGGCUCACCGUGGUCAUUGUUGUUGUGCUGCCAGCUCUUUGGGGCUUGGCCAUGGUUUGGCGUCAGCUAUCCAGAUCCUUCAGGAACUUGACAGGCUGCUGCGGUGGUCUCAGGGAGGAUGAAGUGUCGUCUUCCAAAGAAGGCUGGUCCAGAAACUCAAGCAAGGAGUAUAUGUCGAGAUCAGUGUCGCAGAUGUCUUUUGGGCAACCAACAUCAAAAGUGCAUAACUCUCAGGAGGCCUAUUUGGAGGAUGAAGAGACCAUGGAUGACCCUUCCGAGAGAAGUUCUUCCAGAACCGAUGAUGCUCUGCCUCCACAUGUUCCUGCCGUGGGAGAUCUAGAACGGGUGAAGUGGAAUCAGGCCCAAGCACCAGAGCAGCCACGAUCUCCCAAUGACCCGCGCGGAGAAGUGGAGUGACUUUCUUCUUCGUGAGCGAUGGAUGCCUUGUUGUGCAGAAUCCAGCGGCUCACGAGCAUCAAGGCAAUUAUUUCUAUGUUCAAAUCCGAUGGUCCUCCAAUGUUCAACAUCAAGGCGCGUUAGUGAAAUGCAACUUGAAUUCUUUUGCCGAAGGCAAAACCCUG